AAAUACGUCACCAUUUACGGUUGCCUACGAGAAGCCAUUAAAUCAAAAUCGAGCACAUAAAACGUCCAUGGCAGGACUAGAUUUGUUGGAAUAUUUUUACGCGAAAAUGUUGAGGUUAGAUUAGGCCGAAAUCGGGAAUACUGAAGGAAGGUCAUGGCCGAUCUGGAUCAAUUUUACGAACGCUUGCGUAGGCCGGGAAACGCGCAAACUGCCCUAUCUUAACAAGCGAAAUUUUCCAGCCAACUUUAUUUUAAUACUCGACUAGAUAACCUUGCUACGGGCUACGAAAAUUAUUUAAUUGAUAGGAUUGUAUUAGUCAUAAUUUGUCUUUUCUCUGUGUACAAGUUUCUGUGAUAUUUUUGACUGUUUCCAGACUACAUUAAAAAUUAUCUGCAAUGGCCUCGAGAACCCUACUCCGAAAUGUCGCCAGCACAAACCAACAUUAUUUCCAUCUCAGUCUCCACACCAAAUCCAUAUCCAACUCCAAAUAUAUUUAUUCUCAAAAAGCCAAAAUGUCUUCAUCUGAAAGUGCAACUCACGAACUAACAACACAAAUUGAAGAAGCCCGAAGAUUUAUGAUAGACUGCUUUAGAGCUGUUGGAACACCACAAGACAAUGCAGAAAUUGUAGCUGAUAAUUUAAUUGAAGCUGAUCAUAGAGGGCAUUACAGUCAUGGAAUGAACAGAUUAGAAAUGUACAUAAACGAUAUUCAAGGAGGCGAAUGCGAUCCAACCGUUAAACCCACGGUAAUCAAAGAAUCGGUGGCAACAGCGUUUUGCAACGGCAACAAUGGUUUGGGAGCUGUGGUCGGAAAAAUGUGCAUGGAUAUAGCGAUAGCGAAGGCUUCCACGGCGGGAAUUGGAAUCUCAGCUUUGGGAACCAAUCCCAUAAGUCUUGGAGCUCCAGCAAAUUGUGGAGAUAGUUUUGUUUUGGAUAUGGCUACAACAGCUGUUGCUGUCGGAAAGAUAGAAUUAGCAAAGAGAAAAGGCACGAAGUUACCAUCAGGUUGGGCCAUAAACAAUGAAGGGAACAUAGAAUCUGAUCCAGCUAUAGCUUAUGAUGCAAGAAAGUUAAUGCCCUUAGGAGGAGCAGAAGAAACUUCAGGAUAUAAAGGAUACGGCCUAGGAGCUUUGGUAGAAGUACUAUGUGGAAUAUUAGGAGGUUCUGCAUUUGGUCCUAACAUUAGAAAAUGGGGCGAACAUGGAAAACCGGCCAAUCUAGGAAACUGUUUUAUAGCCAUUAAUCCAAAUAACUUUGCUGACGGUUUUGAAGAUAGAAUGAGUAGUCUACUAAACCAUUUAAGAAGCAUGGAACCGGCGGAUCCAAGCAAACCAGUGCUUGUAGCAGGAGAUCCAGAAAUAAUUCACAUGGAAAAAGUUAAAAUUGAUGGCGGGUUAAGAUACGUCAAAAAUCAACAUGAUACCAACAGUAAGUUGGCUACAAAAUUAGGAGUUAAGCCAAUGAAAACUCUUUUUGAUAAACAAUGCGACGAUAAGAAAAAUGAUGAAGAUAAAACACCCAUAUUUAAAGUAUCGGAAGUAGAAAGAUUUGUAAGGGAUUGCUGUCUUAAGUCGGGUUGUUCCGAUGAUAAUGCCAACGAUAUGGGAAAACUGCUCAUAAUGGCCGAUAGAAUGGGUAUUAAAACACAUGGACUUAACAGAUUAGGUAGGUACCUAUUUAAAAAAAUCCUAAAUUUUCUUAACAAAAGAUUUUUAGAAAUGUAUUUAGGUGAAGUAUCAUCAGGUAUGUGCGAUGGUCAGGCAAAACCAAGUAUACUAAAAGAAACACCGGCCACAGCUUUAAUAGAUGGACACAAUGGUUUAGGGCAUAUUAUAGGAAAAUUCGCUAUGGAGGUGGCAAUAAAGAAAUGUAGAGAGGAAGGGGUCGGGAUGACAUCUUGUUUUGAUGGAAACCAUUAUGGUGUAGCCGGAGUGUAUACCUUACAAGCCAUAGAUUGUGGUUAUAUAGGUUUUAGUUUUACCAAUACAUCACCUUUGGUUGUGCCUCAUGGAGCUAAAGAGCGAGCUCUUGGUACAAACCCUUUUACAAUUGGAGGACCGGCAGGUUGUAGUGAUAGAUUUAAUGUAGACGUUUCAUCUUCUGGAGUGGCUGUUGGAAAGGUUGAAGUUAAAAAAAAAUUGGGUCAACCUGUUCCCGUAGGUUGGGCCAUAAAUCCCGAUGGAAGUCCUGCCACUGAUCCUGACAGUAUCAUAAAAGAUACCAGACUUUUAGCACUUGGAAGUCCUGAGUUCGGUCAAAAGGGUUACGGUCUGGGGGCACUAAAUGGACCGUUUAUAAAACCUUUUAAAUCAACUGAAAGAAAAAGUAAUUUGGGGUACACUUUUAUAGCUAUAAAUCCUGAUAUGUUUGCCCCGGAUUUUCAAAAAAGAUUUGAAGAUUAUUUGAAAUAUAUUAGAUGUAUGCCUCCAAUUGAUCCUAAGUUUCCUGUAAUGGUGGCAGGCGAUAUGGAAUCAAAUGCCAUGAAAGAAACAGAUUUAAGUGGUCAUUUAGAUUAUAAUCCAGCCCAAAUACAAAUUUGCCAAAACUUGGCAAAGAAAUUAGGUGUGGCACCAAUGAAACCAAGUGGCUACAAAGAUUAAUGAAUCAAUAGAGUUCCAGUAUAAAUUAAAAACAAAAAUCCCUAAAAUGACAUAACAUUUUGUCAGUUUUUAUGUCACCAUCAUCAUCAUGACC